AUGUUCCGUUUCCUGUCGUCCGCCUCUGCGCGGCACAUCCGGAGAAGAAGCGAGAUCCGGACCAGACUCGACGCUGCGGCCACUCGAACCGUCGACUCUCUUUCGCGACCCUUUCGCGACGCUGCUCCCGCCUUUCGCGAUGCGCCAAUCAGCUGCCAGAAUGUCAGAUUCUCGUCGACGACUUCCGUGUCCUCCGCAGCAGCAGGCGCUUCAGGUGUUUCCUCAGGUGUUUCGUCAGGAGCAGCCAAGGUGGCAGCUAAGGCGGGAGCGGAGAUCCCCUCGUUUGUCGAGUCGAUUCAGAAGAGGUUCGGAACGACGGACGGCCGAGAUUUCGUGCUGCUGACCGCCGGUCUCGCGUUGGCUGGGCUCGUUGGCGAGCGCAUUCUCUCAGACCGCCGCUCGGCAGACGCAGGCCCGGAGGAGGUUAUUGUAGCAGUGGUAGUGGACGGGGGGGAAGGCGAAACGGAGGAUAAGAGCUCCCCUCUAGCUGACGCCGUUGAUGCUCUAGCUGGCUAUGUCGCUGAGUUAGAAGCAAAGGCAGAGGAGAAAGCAGAGGAUGUGGAAGCAAAGGCAGAAGAGAAAGCAGAGGAUGUGGAAGCAAAGGCAGAAGAGAAAGCAGAGGAUGUGGAAGCAAAGGCAGAAGAGAAAACAGAGGAAAUUCUCAAAAGCCACCCUCUAGCUGACGCUGUGGAUGCUGUAGCAGGCUAUGUGGCUGAACUAGAAGCAAAGGCAGAAGAGAAAGCAGAGGAGAUUCUCGCGAGACCCCCUCUUGCUGACGCUGUUGACGUGCUGUCGAGGUAUGUGGAGGAACUAGAGGCGAAGGGAGCGGAGGUGACGAGAGAAGCAGAGGAGAAGGCGGAAGCGGUGGUGGCAGCGGUGGCGAGUGAAGUGGCAAAGGCAGGGGAGAGGGUGGCGGAAGCAGGGAGGGAGGUGGGUGAAGCGGUUGGUGCAUUGGGGGAGACUCUGGCUGAAGAGGUGAAGGAGAUCGGAGGAGACGGGAUGGAGAAGGCAGGAGAGGGAGAGGACGGUACAGAUGACUGCCCGUUCUGCCAGUUCAUGAAGGGAGGGCCGUGCAGGGAGGAGUUUAUCGCAUGGGAAGGGUGUGUGGAAGCAGCAGAGAAGGCAGGGGAGAGCAUAGUGGACCGGUGUGUGGGGCCCACUGAGGCGCUUAAGACCUGCAUGGAGGGCAAUGAGGGGUACUAUGGGGUGGUGUUGCAGGCAGAGGCGGGUAUGAAGGCUGAAGCUGCUGCCGCUGCGGCUGAAGCGAGUGCUGCUGCUGGGGAAGUGGCUCUGGUGCAAGAAGCUGCUGCUGUGGUCGAGGCAGCAGGGGAAGGAGGGGUGAAGGAAGGAGGAGGGGUGAAGGAGGGUGUGGAAGGGGGGAAGGUGGAGGAUUCGGUGGAGGAUGGGGAGGGGGGAAGUGAGGAGGUGGUGGUGGUGGUUGUGGGGAAGGAAGGAGGGGAGGAGGGGACAGGGAAAGCAGCAGAGUAG